UUAUAAGUCCAGUAAAAAAAAUAUAUAAAAAACUAAUAAUUUAGUUUUACAUUAUUCGUGUGUAUAUCCUAAUCUUGGCCAAAAUCCCAUGGGGAUUGCAAGCUCAGCAACCCAGCAAUCAUAGCUGUCUCUCUCUCUCUCUCUCUCUCUCUCUGUCACACAGGUAAACGGGAUUUCUAAGAAAUUUGGCUGUUUGGUGUUUUGAAAGUUUGCUCUAUCAGAAUUUGAAUUGGAAUUGGGGCUUCUCAGCAAAAAGAGGGGAUGAAGAAGAAAAGGUGAUUUUUCGGUUGAAAUUACGCGCGGAAUUGUAACUGGUAAAAUUAGGGAAAUUCUGCGUGAUUAGUUUGGUUAGCAUUGUAGAAUUCAUGUGGGGGUUGAAAGCUUGAAUUUUGAAAUUUCUGGUGUAUACUAGUGAUUUUCGCUGCGGGAUUGUGACUGCAAUUCGGAGUCACAAAAAUGUACCGGACCGUGGCUACAGCCACAACUGCAACCAGGGGCGGAUCUCCAACUGAUAGUGGGGAUUGUGUUGUCACUUUGGAUCAAGUUCCACGGUGGAGCAAUUCAGAGCAUCGUUCUUCCUUGGAAUAUGACAAUGAAGAUCCUUCGUUUUCAAAUUCGUUUUUUCCUGAUCCUUUAACUUCCCAAUCUGGGGGAGAGAGCAGUAGCAAUGGGAUAGUCUCAAGAUUUCCAGUUGACCAUGAAAUUAAUUCAAAGAUAUAUCUAUGGAGAGGGAACCCAUGGAAUCUCGAAGUUGAUGCGGUAGUGAAUUCUACAAAUGAGAACAUGGAUGAAGCGCAUUGUAGUCCUGGUCUGCAUGCUGCGGCUGGACCUGGUCUUGCGGAAGAAUGUGCAUCACUGGGUGGAUGUAGAACAGGGAUGGCAAAGGUUACUAAAGCGUAUGACCUUCCAGCUAGGAGGGUUAUCCAUACCGUCGGUCCCAAGUAUGCAGUGAAAUACCAUACUGCUGCAGAAAAUGCUCUGAGCCAUUGUUAUCGUUCUUGCCUUGAACUUCUCAUUGAAAAUGGGCUGCAAAGGUGCUUGGCAGAUGAUUUGUGCUAUCGAUUGUUCUUCCCUUUUGUUUUGUUCUUUGUAAAGUGUGAAGUUUAUUUUGUUUGGCCAAUGUAUUGUAGCAUUGCAAUGGGCUGUAUAUAUACAGAAGCUAAGAACUACCCUCGUGAGCCAGCUGCCCAUGUUGCUAUAAGGACUGUACGACGUUUUCUGGAAAAGCAGAAAGAUAAAAUCGCAGCUGUUGUUUUUUGUACUACCACAUCAAUGGAUACAGAGAUAUACAAAAGAUUGCUUCCGCUUUACUUUCCCCGAGAUAAACUUGAAGAGGAGAUUGCCUUGUCGAAGCUUCCUGCAGAUGUAGGUGAUGAAAAUGGCGAGACAAUUAUAGAUGAGCGCAAAAUCAGAAUAAAGCCUUUGCCCAAGAAGAAUAUUCCAAAGCCUCCCCAGGCUCCAGUUGAGCUUCCUGUGAGUGAUGUUGGCUUGGUACAAAGGAACUCACCAUAUUUGGAUUCAUAUUUGGAUCCUGCCUUCAUGUCCUUAAUAAAAGAUCCAGAUCAGAGACGCAAGGAACAAUGGGAGAAAACUGCUCAAGCACAAAGUGGAUGGAAUUGUGCUAAAAUUCUUGGGUUUGGCGACCUUGGUGGACCUCCAUUGUCUGCUGCAGAAGAAUACUCGCUUCAUUCAAGAUACCUUGCUAAAGCAAAUUCUCUUAAUCUUUCAGAACUUGCAGAAAUGAAAAUUGUUUACCGAGGUGGGGUUGACAGCGAGGGUCGUCCUGUAAUGGUGGUUGUGGGGGCACAUUUUCUUUUGCGAUGUCUUGAUCUAGAACGAUUUGUACACUAUGUUAUUAAGGAGUUUGAACCCUUAAUACAAAAGCCUUAUACUAUUGUAUACUUCCACUCAGCAGCAUCUUUACAGCUCCAGCCAGACUUGGGGUGGAUGAAAAGGGUACAACAGAUACUUGGUCGUAAACACCAACGUAAUCUGCAUGCAAUAUACGUCCUUCACCCGACAUUUGGGCUGAAGGCUGCAAUAUUUGCCCUGCAACUGUUCGUGGACAAUGUGAAAGUGGUAUAUGUAGAUAGAUUACUGCAGCUCUUUCGAUAUGUUCCUCGUGAGCAGUUGACCAUCCCCGACUUUGUGUUCCAGCACGAUUUGGAAGUGAACGGUGGGAAGGGUCUUAUCGUGGACCCGAGAACCAAGUAUGUGUAUCAUCGACCGUAGCAUUGCGAAUACAGGGUUCCAUGAGGCAAUGAAGGAGGUCCAUGGCUUGUGAUUUCUUGAUUCUAUUUUAUUUUUAUUGCAUCUUAUAGGUAGAUGGGAGUUGAAUUUGCCGGUUUCCUGUGAAGAAAAAGAUAUCCUCUGUUUUUUUGGGAAAGUUGUUUAUGAAGCAAAUGUUGUUUGAAACUAAAGAUGGAAAUUGAUAAUAAAUAUUCUUUUAUUGUAUUGUCUUGGAUGAAUUAUCAAUAAAAUGUAAAGUUGGUUUGAGAUUUCUGAAA